UCGGUUAGUCCUGGAGCUGUUUCAUUAACAACCUCUAGACCAAGGCUCUGCAGGACUAGUCCAGCCGGAUAGGCUGUUGCACGGUUUAGAAACACUUACUAGCCUAAAGCGUUGUUAAUCGCGACAAGUUCGGUUCACUAGUGCCAUAUGCUGUCGUAGAUAAAUAGAAAAUAGAAAUCUCAUACGAUCCUUGAGCUUCUCAUUUUGCCUCUUGUCUUCAACCAACUAUGUCUACCUUUGGAUCCCUUUUCCGCGUAACUACCUACGGUGAGAGCCAUUGCGCCUCUGUAGGUGCGAUCAUCGAUGGAUGUCCUCCUGGACUCGAGCUAUCUCCACAAGACAUUCAGGUGCAGCUGAGUCGCAGAAGACCAGGUCAGAGCAAUCUCACCACACCGCGAGAUGAGAAGGACCUCGUGCACGUGCAAUCUGGCAUCGAGCAAGGUGUAACCCUUGGAACUCCUAUAGGCCUCCUCGUAAAGAAUGAGGAUCAACGUCCAAAGGAUUAUUCUGAGACGGAUUUGUACCCUCGCCCAAGUCACGCAGAUUACACCUACCUUGAAAAGUUUGGUGUGAAGGCUAGCAGUGGUGGCGGACGUAGCAGUGCACGGGAAACUAUCGGUCGUGUUGCAGCGGGUGCAAUUGCCGAAAAAUACCUGAAACAGGUGUUUGGAAUUGAAAUCGUCGCGUUUGUCAGUUCAGUCGGCAAGAUCCACCUGCCGUCCAACAUAGCCCCUCCGUCCCUCGCGGAAGUGGACGGGGACGAGGACAACGAUGACGUGGCGGAUGCGCUAACACCUGAAUUUAGACAGUUACUAGCCACGAUUACUCGGGAGGAGGUCGACAAGCAUCCCACACGCUGCCCUCAUCUAGCAACAGCGGAACGGAUGACGAAGCGCAUCAUCCGUGCUAAAGAGUCUAUGGACUCUAUUGGUGGGACAGUGACGUGCGUCAUUCGUAAUGUCCCGUCAGGUCUCGGAGAGCCAGUUUUCGACAAGUUCGAAGCGAAACUCGCGCAAGCUAUGAUGUCAAUUCCUGCCACGAAAGCUUUCGAGGUGGGCUCGGGCUUCAGAGGAACAGAGGUUCCCGGAAGCAAGCACAAUGACGCGUUUAUAGUAAAAGAUGGUAAACUCGGCACUUCCACUAACUGGAGUGGUGGUAUCCAAGGAGGUAUCACCAAUGGCGAAGACAUCUACUUCAGGAUCGGAUUCAAGUCACCUGCAACCAUCUCACAGGCACAACACACCGCACAGUACAAUGGUACACCAGGAACACUCGCUGCUCGCGGACGUCACGACCCUUGUGUUGUCCCUCGUGCUGUUCCCAUCGUUGAGACCAUGGCAGCCAUUGUCGUCAUGGACCAGCUGCUCAUUCAAAACUCACGCAAGACCGCCGCUGGGCUGCUUCCUCCUAUCACAACGCUCCCACCCACCAUGGUGAUGCCAUCGCAUUGAUAAUAGAACGAAGAUCUCGAUAGAGUAUAUAGACCGAUAUCUUUCAGCAAGAAUAUGUUGGGUAUGACUUGAUGCUAAUAUACAAAUGUAGUCUGAAC